AUGAUAAAUCCCACCAGUAAUUCUGGCCCAAGAAUUUCUUUUUUCUUGUCGUUGCCAGGAGAGCUUCGUCUUGGCGUCUAUCGCCACCUUCUCGUCUCUCAAAAUCUCCCUGUCCUCUGCUCCACCGCAGCUGCUGGCGGCUUUCGCGUUCUGGCUGAGGAAUUGUACGAUUUGGACCUCGGGAUACAUCCGCAGAUUCUACAAACAUGCAAGGCAAUCAACCGAGAAGCGACGCAGAUUCUAUAUGCGGAUAAUGUCUUCCGGAGAAAGGUUUACUGGCCGCAUUCUUGGGGAAGGAGGGGAGACAGGAGGCCUUUGCCUCUAAAGGAAUCUUCGCCCAUCAGUCACAUCAAUUUGCAAAGCAUCACGAAAAUCCGCAUCUUUCGGGAAUACCGUAAAUGGCUGCGCGAUGGAAGAAUGAGAGUUUUGGAUGAGUUUCCCUCGUUGAGGGAGUUGCAGGUCCACCUCGACAUGAAUGACGACCGGGACGUGUCCUUGGUAUACAAAGAUGCUUUGAGAUCAAUUCAUCUUCACCAUCGUCAACUUCCUUGCCUCAAGUUCAAAAUGCGCCUGGCAUUCGACCAAGCUUACAAAGACUGGUGCAACGAAUACACAGGUCGCCCGAUGGGUUUCAGUCUCCACCUGCGAAAAAAGGCAGAAUUGGAAAAUUGGUUUCAGAGAGAGGAUAAUAUAUUUGCCGACAAAAAGAUCACAUGGCAUUUUCUAAUAGAAUUGUCUAGCCAUGUUGGGCCAUCGGCAGUCAUCAUGUUCUCAACGGCUGCAUCCCAAUCGAGGGAACAGGCCGAUAAUAUAUCGUGCUGCAUCGAUGUCGAUGGCAAAACUACAUGGAGUAAACUACCGAUGUGA